AUGGACUUGCGCACGACGGCCGAGUUCGCAGAGAACAUCGCUGCCGGUUUUAUGCAGUUUCGUGAUCCGCUGCCGGAACAUACUGCCGAGAUCACGGGUCUGGUGUCUGACCUGUACGCGAUCAGUGCAACGCUGACUAGCCUGGAUGAGCUCGCCGUCUCGCGCCCGUAUCGCCAUAAUCUCCCAGCCGUCAAGCCCGAUCUGGAGCUGGUCCGGUCCAGCCUGCACUAUACGCUUGAGAAUAUCUUCGAGGUCUUUGGCCAUCUCGACGCCAGGGGAACUGUCAGCCGGGGCUCCUAUAAGCGCAUAUGGCUCGACCUGUGCUCGUUCUUCGAGGAGGAGAGCAGCUACUCCCUCAGCCGACGGUUGAGGAAGUAUAAGAUGUUCCUGAAGGAACUGGAAGACCUGAUGCAAGAUAAAUCUCCCGACGUUCCCUUCAUGGCAGACCUUCGUAGCAGUAUAACCACUCUCCUGGCCGAGCAAGAUGGCCGCUUCGCGGCGCAACUGGGAGCUCUGACACUGGAAGGGGCCAACUGGUCUGGGAGUAAUAGCGUUGAGCCUGCAGCCCCCGUUGAGAGCCGUGGUCCGGGGAGGCGUCGAUCCUACGAACGAGCGCGACCGGCUCUUCGAUCGCCCCAGUUUCCUCUAUCGGAUUCCACGGCUCCGGCCCCGUUGUCUCCUUCUGCCUCGUCCCAAGACGUGCCGCCGUAUGUCCCCGAUGUGCCAGGCUCACCGACGACGUCCAACUCGACCGCGACACGGUCCAACAUCUCCUCGGCUAUCUUGAAUGAUCAUUGGGCGAGAAAAGUGUUCUCGGAUGAUAACUCGGUUACGCGGAUUCCCUAUAGCGGGCAGAGGCCCUUCGAGCCCGAGUCGAAUCUGUCGGUCUACUUCUACGUCAGGGAGGAUGACCAUCGAGCGCGCAUCGUGUGCAAGGUUCGCCACACCAGCCGGGCGAGCGAGUACUUCUGUCUUCCGCUUAACCUGCUGGAGGUGGAGCGUGUGGGCGCAUGCCUGCGGUUAUGUCGAAGACGCCGGUCUGGGUUGGAGCUGGUUCCGUGGCUCAAUCUCCGAUUCUACACCAUUGAAAAAAUGGUGAUUUUCUUUUGCACGUUCCUCGCCCUUCGGUCUCAGGAUUUCCACAAGCCAGUCCAGGACAUUCGGGAUUACGAACUGGAUGAUGAGGAGGAGAUGUUUGGCGGGUACUUAUUCAUGCCGACGGCGCGUGUCUACAGUCUUAUCCUCGAGGGGCGCGAUCCCCAUGCGCUGCGUGUUUACAGGGACAUCGGUUCAGGGGCUGUACGCUUGCAGGCCUCUGUGUACGAGGGCGAGAGGAAGAGAGCGCCUGUUUGGACGGCUUUCAUCACGCACCACAUCAGCUCACCUGCGUGGCUACGCCGUGUCGGACCCAAGGUUAUCCAUGUGAGCGAGCUCCGGCGCGUUGUUUUCUGUGCCGAAUACACGCCUCCACGGACGCCUCGGGGGGAGUACAUUCUCAAGUUCACCAGUCGUUCUGAUGCCGAAGAUUUCGUCGAGACCAUCGAUGAGCUCGCCGGCAUUAGUUAA